CCUCGUCCCUUGCUCUCUGAACAACCACAUCCUUCAGAUAUUUGUGCUUAUUUUUAGAACCUCUCGGCAAAUACUGUCUUCCAUUAACCCUUUCUUCUUCCUUUUGUGAUAUUGUUUGCUCCAAUUCCAAAUCCUUAUCUUCCUCUGUGUUCUUUUCCUCUUCUUCAUUUUCUCCAUUAUCAAUCUCCUCAUUCCCUGUUAUACCAUCUUCCUCUUCAUCAAUACUUAGUACCGAGAACCUUGAUUUGGAUAGGAUUGAGACCUGUCCAAACUUUAGUUGAUUGCUCUUUGCUGGUGUGCGACAUGUUUUCCCUGGAGACAUCUCCACCCAACCUUUUUCACCCUCUGACUGUAAAUUCCCUUUUCCUGACCCUUUAAUAAUCUCCACUGUCUCUACCACUAAUCCUUUUCCCAAACCUCCCACUGAAACUGAAUCAACAUCUGAACAUACCACUGCUCCAGCUAUCCCAGUUCCAAGAUCUCCAACUGAACCAACCACUGACCCAACUACUGAUGAAUUCUCUAACCCAAUGACUGAACUCAUCUCUUUAGCCGCUAAGCCACUUACUGAAACUUCCCCUGUCCCAAUCUCUUCAUUAACUGACCUUUCCUUAGUACCUCCUCUCCUUAUUUGUUCCUCAUUUCCAAUCUCAAUAUAUGUAUUACCCAAUAUCCCUUCCUCCACAAAUCUUUUGCCCCUGCAAACUUUUGCAGUGUGACCCCAUUUCCCACAACAGGUACAUUUAGCUGGCAGCCAAGGAUAGAUGUAUUCCACCAAUGUCUCCUUUCCCUGAAAUGUAUAUUUCAUCGACCUUGGUAUCUCCUUUGACAAAUCGACCUUCACAAAUACUUUUGCAAUUUUUAAGUUCAAACACUGCUCUGUCUCCGGAUGUAGUCUCACUGGUACUCCAACAGGGCUUGAGACAAAACUAAGCCCUUACCAUGAAAACAUAUCCAUUGGUACAUUUCGCAUAUGAACCCACAACGAAAUUGAGUGAGUUUCCUGCUUGAUAUCUUCUGUCAAUGGUGACCACUUAGCCAUGACUACCGGAAUUUCUGCAAUGUUCCACAUCGCUCUUCUUAUGAUUAUGUUCCUCGUAAUCGGGUUGCUUAUUUUGAACUUCAUAGUUGUUGAGUUGAUUUCAUAGACAUCAAUCAUUUGCGUUUUGUCACUCAGCGCCCAGAUCUUGUUGACUAUCGCAUGAACUUUCGCUAUAUGCGGAGCCUUAUCCAGAAAUCUACCGAUGAGGAAAUCUUCCCAAAGAGGUUCAGAAUCCUUGAAGACUUCUUCCGGUACCGUUACUGAUCCAACUCCAUCCUUCAUCUGUAUAUCCAUUUCAUACCUCUUCAGAACUUUCUUUCCUUGAACAGCUUUAACCCACGAUCCUUGCUUAGCACCUUCCACAAUCGGAGGAGAAGGUUGAUUACCACUCUGAUCCCCCGUAUUAACUUGAUCCCCCGAUUUUGUUGAUCUCAGAAUGUCACGAUACUCCAUGUUUGAACCCUUAGUACCUCGAUCUCUCUCCAAAGACGACUCCGGUGGAUCCCGAUCUCCCAUCGGAGACCUUGAUCUUGCUCCGGUAGUGAUCUCCGUGAAGAUUACGCUCAGAAACAUAGAAUCGCCUCAGAAUCGCCAAAAUCACCUUUUAGCAAAACGGUGCGUUUCACUUUUGAAAAAAAAAUUAUAUAUAUAUAUAUAUAUAUAUAUAUAUUUAAUAAUGGUAAGUAGAUAUAUUUAAUUGAUUAAUUGAAUGUGUGACAUCUGGCGAAUUAACAGUAAUUAUUAACUGUCUGAUUGCCCUUAACCUAAUCUCUCACUAGUAUUUAUAAACGUCCCAUUCCGCUAGAGUUUCAGUUCAUAACUUGUUUUGUUUUGUUUUAUAAUAAUCAUCUCUCUCCAGUUGCUCAAAAAAAAACCUCUCUCUCCUUCGUAUACCAGUUUACGAACGCUAUCCUUUUUUUAUGAACGCCCUUUUCUAUCAUCAUUAGUGUCUUCAUAUUAGUGUUUUAUAUUUUAUUUUUUAAAACUAAAUCUGUUCCGAUUCAGGAUGAAUCGAAACCAAUCUUAUAUUUUUUUAUGGACGCCCUUAUACGAGUUCAUCAAGUCUUCAUAUUAGUGUCUUUAUAUUUCCCAAGAGAUCUGGAUACUGGCUAUUUAUUUGUACAUAUUGGUGGCCAGUAUCACCGGAUCUGAUAAUUGGAUUGUAUAUAUUGUUGGCACGGAUUUGCAAUCCGGUAAUUGGGGCGAUGAUUUGAUUGACCACACUCAUGUUAGUUUCAUUCUUUUAUGUUUGGUCAUAAGGCUAGUUUAGUUAACCUCUCUAUAUCUAUUUACGAUUACAAAUCUAAUAUUGUGAUAUAUGAAUCUGAUGUCACGGAUCAAUCAAUUUGAUUGUAUAUAUUAGUGGCACGGAUCUGCAAUCGAUAAUUGGUGCGAUGAUUUGGUUGAGCAUUCAUUUGAGUUUAUGAUAUAGUUUUUAUAUUUUACCUUUUGUUUAUAGGCUUAGUUUAGUUUAGUUAAUGGCUUUUGAAUGAGUGGCAGGAGAAACACAGGAUAAAUGCAGGAGAAAAUUGCAUGCAGAUUGCUCUGCAACUGAAGUCCAAUCAAAAAAAAAAUUGUAGAACAAAUUAUAAUAAUAAAAAAUACAUACCACUGCAUGCAGAAGAAUAUAUGUGAUAAAAAGGCUGUCCUGCACAAAAUAAGAAAAAUACAGUUGGUGGAGAGCAGUGGGCCAAUGCAUGUGAUUAUUACUUUCUUUUUUUAUUUUUUUUAUUUUUUUGUUUUGUCUAUAAAUCCUACAACUAUCUCAUUUCAUUCUUUCACAAAUCAAACAAUCCUCUAUACAGGUAAGUUUUUUUUUUUAAUUUUUCGUUUUAUAUGAAAGUUUAUGAUGAAUUUUUGUAUUGUGUUUAACUAGUUUUUCCUAUUUUAUAGGUUGUCUCAUCCAUUUAUAUCCACUAAAACAAUUAAGAAAUCAAGGUAUAUUUUCAUUUUGUUUCUUUAAUGAGUUAUGAAAAUUUAAAUUUGUUUAAAAAUAAGUUAAAAUUCAUAUUUCAUAUUGUCUCAUACACUUAUAUCCAUAAAAACAAUAAAAAAUUAAGCUACAAUUUUAUUUUGAUAAUUUUAAUUUGUUAAAAAUAAGUCAAAAUGUAUACUCAAUAAUACUUAGAAAUGAAUUAACUAAUUCUUUAAAAAAUAUAUGAUACAAUUUGCAUGCAUUUUAAUCAUCUACUUAUAUUAAAUAAUUAUUAGUUUAAUGAAUUUAUUCAUGUUAUUGAUAUUUCAUGUAUUCUCGUUUAAUAUAUUUAUAUAUUAAAUUAAUUAUUGAUAUAAUUAAUUAAUAUUUUGAAACUAUGAAAUAAUAAUUUUUUUUUUCAUUUUAAAUGUACUAUAACACAUGCAUGCGUUUUAAUCUUGUGUUUAAUUAAUUUUUAUUUUAUUUUUUCAGUAGUUAGCAUGCGUUUCUUCUGCAACCACUGAUUAUAGUUUAAGAUAUUAUUAAUUUUGUGUAAGUUCAUUGUCGUAAAAGCGUAUAGUAGGCGUGAUUGUUUUUUAAUUUAUGUUACCAAAUAUAUAUUUACGUUAUUCAGUUUGUUCAUUUAAUACAUAUGUCUCUAUAAAAGGAAAACACGUUGACCUUCACUACAUGAAAUUAGAAGAACACAAAAUGUGUUUUGGCAAAAAAACAAUAACUUGCUAGAACUAUAAUUUAAUUAUUUGUAGUUAUUGACGGACUCGAUACACAGUUGAUAUGAUUUAUUUCUAUAUAUAGUUCCAUCUACUUUAUGUUUAAAAUUUGUUAUCAGAAAAUACAAGUAAACUAAUUAUAUUACCAGUUGUUUUAUUUUUUCAAGUUGUCUUCUAUAUCUAUAUUUAUUAUAAUAAUUGAAAACUUAUGGUACAUAUUUUGUUUUCCUUAGUGAAUUAUAAAAACGUUAAUAUGUAUACAAAACUUGAAAUUUAUGCUGGAUAAUAUUAUGUUAGACUUAUUUAGUUUCUACAAAUAUAUUAUAACAGAAACAUGAUUUAUAUCUUGUAUUUAAUUCAAAUGUAUUUUUACUAGUUGAAUAUUUUUAUAUCUUAUCUAAUAGAGCUCAUUAAAGUUAUUUUUUUAAUUAUUCAUAUAAAUAACAUAACUGUUUAGAAUAAAAAUUUGAUUAUGUAAGAAAACUAAUAUCAUUUUCAAAUGUGUAGAUAUGGCGUCUAACUGUGGACAAAACGUGAACUCCAGUACACGUCAUACGGAAACAUCAACACGGAGUGAAGAAUAUUUGAAAUGGGAUCAUAGACGAGAACGGAUAUUUCUUGAGUUAUACGACCAAGCACUUGCUAUGAAUUAUUAUCGUCUAAAAGAUCCGUCACCACUUGGUAAAAAGUUUAUAGUUGACAAGUUCAACCAAGAAUUUAAUCUUGAUAUAAACUAUAAGUUCUUCAGAGAAAAACUUGAUCAAAUGAAAAGAAAGUACAAGAAGUAUACGGGGCUUAUGCAAAACUCUACGGGUAUCUCAGUUGAUCCGGUUACAUCUGUAAUUUCUGCAUCUGAUUCGUGGUGGAAAGAUCGUGAAGUUUGUAGGAUUAUAAAAUCAUUUAAGCGAAAACCACCAGAGUUUUGGGAUAUUAUGCAACGGUGUUUCAAAUUAUAUGAUGUCUGUUCGCAAUCUCAAUACUCUGUGAACCAAAGAAGAGAAGAGAUGAUGAACGAGGGCCUAGCUAAUGAUGAAAGUCAUAUGGAUUCAGAAACAUUUGCUGAUGAUAUGCCACAAACUCAAGUUCCAGAGACACAAAAAAGUGAAGAGGUGUAUCGUGUUAACAUUAGUGAUCAAACACGACCUUCUAGUGAGUUUAGUCGUGAACCCAUCCGCCAAAGUUCUCCACCCGAGCUUUCGUUUCAGAAUAAUGCUUCCAGAGGUCAACAACAAGGAAGAACAAGACGUGAAAGUGGUGCAACUAGAGUUGGUGGAAGUUCACGAGCCUCUGCAAGGACCAGUUCACGAGGAAGUCGGAAAAAACAAUCUUUUCAGACAACUCUAACAGAUACGAUGGAUGGUUUUAGAGAAUUUCAACGCCAAAGUUUACAACAACUGCGUCCAAGAUCCCGCAGAAGAGGAGGAUUAUUCAAUAUCUGGGGAAAGAAACAAGGACCAAAUUUAAAUGAAAGUCAUCAAAGUGAAUCUGAGGAUGAAGAUUAGUUUCGUGUUGUUUGCUAUUAAUAAUUAUGUUAUGUUUCAUUUUAUGUUUUUGUCAUAUCUAUUAAGUAUUAUAAAGAACUUCUCAAUUUGAUUUUAGUUAUUUUUUGUGCUUAAAAGUUUAUUUAAUAUUCAAUGAGUUUUUAAAACUCUUAUUUAAAUCUUACCUCAUAUUUUUAAAAUUGCAGGCAUUUCGUAUAUGUCAGUUACGAGCACAUGGUGUUCAAAAUCUAAAUUAUGAAGAGCGAAUUGAGUUGUGGAAUUUGGAAAAUGAGCAGUUUGAAGAGUUAAUCAUUCAACCAUCAUUAAGUUAUUACAAUCGAUAUUUUGAAAGAAGACCAGCUCAAACUGAUGGUGGUUUGGGAUGGAGAAAUAUUUGGGAUCGAUUACAAGAAGAUAAUGCUGCUUGUCUUCAGCUAUUACGAAUGUCCCUUGGCGCGUUUUGCACAUUGUGUGAGAAAUUGCAAACGGUUUAUGGCUUACAAUCAACAUUAAAUGUAAGCAUUUAAGAGAGUGUGGCCAUGUUUCUAACGAUAUGUGGGCAUAACGAAGUUCAAAGAAAUGUUGGAUUACGAUUUGGACGAACGCAAGAGACAGUGAAGCGAAAUUUUUUUGAAGUGCUUCGAGCGACUGAAUUUCUUGCUUGUGACUAUAUCAAGACUCCAACAACACAAGAACUAAGACGGGUUCCAGAACGACUACUAAUGGAUGAGAGAUAUUGGCCUUAUUUUAGUGGUUUUGUUGGAGCUAUGGAUGGAGUUCAUGUUUGCGUUAAAGUGAAGCCUGAAGUUCAAGGAAUGUAUUGGAAUCGACACAAUAUUACAUCGUUUAACAUAAUGGCGAUAUGUGAUUUGAAUAUGUUAUUCACAUAUGUUUGGAAUGGAGCACCAGGUUCAUGUCAUGAUACAUCAGUUCUCACAAUGGCGCAAGACAAUGAUUCUAGUUUUCCUUUACCUCCAGUCGAUAAGUACUAUCUCGUUGACUCUGGCUAUCCAAACAAACAAGGCUUUUUGGCUCCCUAUAGGUCUUCACUAAAUGGGGUUGUGAGGUAUCAUAUGUCACAGUUCGAAAGUGGUCCACCUCCGAGAAACAAACAAGAGUUAUUUAAUCGAUAUCAUGCAUCUUUGCGUUCUGUUAUUGAGAGGACAUUUGGAGUUUGGAAGAAGAAAUGGAGGAUUCUUUGUGAAUUUCCGAGAUAUGAUAUUCAUGUUCAGAAAAGAGUGGUAACAGCAACAAUGGGAUUACAUAAUUUUAUUAGAAUUUCAAAUUUUUCUGAUGAAGAUUUUGCUGAUACAAUGACACAUACAGAGAUUCCGAAUGCUACAUCUACGGCUGAACAAAAUGAUAUGGAAGAAGCGGAGACAGCACAAGGAAAUUUCAUGGCAAACGUUAGAGAAAUGAUUGCAAAUACAUUAUGGGCAAAUAAAAAUGUUUCAUGUUGAUUUGUUUGUUGUAAUUGUACUUUUUAAUGUUUUAAUUUUAUUGUUAUUUAAUAAAAAUAAU